UUAAGCAUCCAUAUCUAAUCUAUUCCCUUAUAAUUCAAAAUUUAUUUACAGAGUUCUCAAAUAGAACAAAAAUGUCUUUGAUUCCAAGAUUCUUUAAUGGCCGAAGGAGCAACGUAUACGAUCCUUUCUCCCUCGACAUCUGGGAUCCCUUCAAGGAUUUUCCACUUUCUACUUCAUUUCCUCGGGAGAAUUCUGCGUUUGUGAGCACACGAGUUGACUGGAAGGAGACACCAGAAGCACACGUGUUCAAGGCUGAUCUUCCUGGACUGAAAAAGGAGGAAGUGAAGGUUGAGAUUGAAGAUGACAGAGUUCUUCAGAUAAGCGGAGAGAGGAACGUUGAGAAAGAAGAUAAGAACGAUGAAUGGCAUCGCGUGGAGCGUAGCAGUGGAAAGUUCAUGAGGAGAUUCAGGUUACCUGAGAAUGCAAAAACUGAACAAGUGAAAGCUUCCAUUGAGAAUGGUGUUCUCACUGUCACCGUUCCAAAAGAACAAGUUAAGAAGCCUCAUGUUAAGUCCAUUGAAAUCUCUGGUUGAACUCACACACAACAUCAUCUAUUACUGUCUGGCUUUGAAUUCGUGUACUUGUCUUGUCCUGGUUGUAAUGGUUAAGCUUUUGUGAUUGGCGUGUAAGAGAUCUAUGGUGAUAUAAUGUUAAUGAUAAAUAAAUAACUAAUCAGUUUUUA